AUGACUCUGGUAUGUGUGGUCAUUUCAUCGCCGCUGACACCUAAUUUCGAAAGAAAAAUUGAUUUUCAUAAUCUUUUCGACAAUUACGGUAUAUGGUCAUCAAAAUUAUGUCAAAAUACAACAUUGGCUCAAACAUAUUUGACUAAUACUCGACAACUUAUAACUACUCUUGAAUCCAAUGAUUCUUAUGCUCAAGUUCUUGAAAAACAUCCUAAUGCAAUAGCUUAUUUCAAAAAUGAUGACAAUGAAGCUCUUCUUUUAUCGAAUUGUAAUCAAUUUUUCAUUGGUCUUAAAAAUGCUCGAAAACUUGAUGUACAAGUUUUAAUACAACAACAAAAAUAUGAACAAGAUGUCAAUCGUCUUUACAGAAAAAUUAUUGAAUCACUUGUUGGUACACAUACUAUUAUUGAUGAUAAUUUUUAA